UUGAAAAAGAAAAACGAGAGAGAGAGAACGAGCAAGGAGUAAAAGAGAAGAAGAAAUACAUAUAUACACAGUUGCAAAUAAAAGUGACAACGAACGAAAAGAUCAGAGAGAGAGAGAGAGGAAGGAUCGAGGAAGGAAGAGAAAGGAACGACCGAUCUCUCGAUCUCGCAUAAUAAUAAUAAAAAAGAAAUAAUGGGUUGAAUCCUCGUUUUCCUUUUCCAAGAUCCGAAGGAAGCUAGAAGAGAGGAAAGCUAGAAGGGGGGAUAACGAUGUCGAUGAGAACGUAUCCUCGCACGAAGACGACACCACGCGUCUUCUCGAACAAUGCUGAACCCUUUCGAAGAUCGGGAUUUCCACGGAUUUUCGCAGCCCUCAGGCGAGAUAGUUAAUGAGAGAAGGGUCUUCCCAUGCUGCUGUUGUGACACGGUGUGCCAGUGAAGUGUGGAUUUCUUUCCUUCUUCUUUCUUCUUUUUUUUUCCACGUUUUUCGUUCGCGUAAUCGCGACCAGGUGCUGUUUCGCUUUUCAGUCGACGCGAGGAGAAAAAGGAAAAGAGAGAGGAAAAAAAAAAUAUGAAGCAUCGCGCGAGUCACUAACCUUUCCAAUUAAAUCCGCGUAUAAUUUCUUCGACGCUUAUUAACGAACGGAUCAUACCAUCACCUCCUCUUCCUAAUUCUUUCGAUUUCGCGUUUUCUCUCGACACAGACCGAUUAUCGAUCGUAUUCCCUCCCUAAGUGUGAAAGGAAAUAGGAGCCUGUUGCUCGAUCCGAUUUGCGGAGAAAAAUCACGAAAAUCACGACUAAUUGGAAGAAGAGAGGAAUAGAAAAAAAAAAAAAAUUCCAUCGUUGGAUCCUUCCUUUUUUUCCAUCCAUAUACAUAUAUAUAUAUAUAUAAAUACCGAGGCACGAAACAAUUGGAAACGGUGAAAUUUGUCGCGACACGAUUCCAACCGGCGUCCGUCGAUAAGGAUCGGAAGGGUGAAAAUAGAAACGUGUCACGGUGAGGUUCAUAAAGCAUCCGCGAUCCGUAAUCGUAUCAGAUUGAAUAAUAGGCUGCUCAAGGCUACCGAAAAGCAUUGCCCCCGCCGGCCGGCAAGCGUCUGGAGAAUAACGAGAAUCGAGUAUGAACGGGAGCAACGCCUAAUGUGCUCCAAGUCUCUUUUGAAGGCGAGAGAGAUUAACAGAUAAAACGCGCUCCGGCGUGGCCGCUGGCCGUGGAUGUGCCAAAAUUGUUCGUCAGUCGGCUGCGGGCAGCUUCAUUGAGAAUCUGGCCUGAGGAGAGUAACGGCCACUGACCCCCCCGUUCGAGUGUUGAGAAUCCGCUCGGAGAGGAAUGCUUUCGCGAAACCGUAGCACCGCCGAUUUUCUUGCGGACGCUUCUUCAUCCUCCUCGUCAUCGUCCUCUUCUUCGAUAUCGUCGCCUCCUUCGUCAUCGUGUUAUCCCUCGUUCUCGCCGCCACCGCCGCCGCCGAGCUACGAUUCGUGGGAAAGCACGAGGAUGCGGUCGAGGAUCGUUUGCGAUUUGUGAAGUUUUCGGGGAAGACACGACGAGUUAAAUCGAGUGGAAAUCGAAAAGUUUUUUUUCGCAUUCGAUUCGACGGAAGAAAUUUCGACGUGGAUGUGCGCCGCUUUAAAUUAGUGUGAACCAUCGUGGCCAUCGGUUUACGGGAAAGUGAGCCUGCACGUGAACACCUUUUUCCUUUUUUUUUUUUGAAGACUGUUUCCUUUUUCUUUUUUUUUUUUCUUCACGCUACCGUGUGUUUCUUUCCACCGCUCUCGCAACUUUCUCCCAGUUUCCGCGAUCAAAACGAUCUUUAAACGAGGGGUUUAAGAUUUAAAGUCGAGCUCGAGAUUCGAAGGAAGCAAGGAACGAUUGGAUCGAUAUUCCUCCCUCCUCGAUAUUUUAUUUCGAAGAAAUAGAAAGAAAUAAGAUAAGAAAGGAAAAAAGAAAAUAGACGAGGGAGGAGAGGGCGCAUCUGUAAACGAAGGAAAGUGAUCAGACAUCCGAGCCGGGCGCGAAUCGAAUCACGUAGAGAGUCGGGUACGCGAAUGGUGACCUCAGCGAGGUGCGCGAUCGCCAUCAUCAUCACCAUUUCCUCUUCGUACAAUGGACGUUUUCAAAAUCGACCAGUCGCUGAGCGCGGGUCUGGGUAGCGCCCCGGCGCCGGACACCCUUACACCGGAAGUGUCGUUCGACGCCGGCAGUGAGUUCAAUCUGAGCUUCUUCGACGGGCCGGAGGAGAACAGCACUCAAGGAUUCAGCGAUCCAGGCUCCGUUGGUAGCGCCAGCGCAUCGCCACCGCCCGGAACACCGGCCACCAUCCCCGUUAAUCCCUCGAACGCCGCCCUACCGAUUGUCCAAGUGCCCCCUGGCAUCGUCAUUAAGCAAGAACAACACUACGCGGCUGCCGAUUCGAACAGUUCGACGCCCGCGAAGAGUUUCGUGGCCUGUAGAGUUUGCGGUGACAAAGCGAGCGGUUAUCAUUACGGUGUAACCAGUUGCGAGGGUUGCAAAGGUUUCUUUAGGAGAAGCAUUCAAAAGCAAAUAGAAUACAGGUGCCUGAAGGACGGCAACUGUUUGGUCAUAAGAAUAAGUCGGAACCGCUGUCAGUACUGCAGAUUCAAGAAGUGCCUAGCUGUCGGCAUGUCCAGGGAUUCCGUUCGAUACGGCAGGGUGCCGAAACGUUCAAGGGAACGUGGCCCCGAAGACACGGUACCGACCACCACGACAACGACCACCACCACCGGUGUACAGCAGCUCACAUCCCCAACUGGUGGAAACAAUAACAAUAACAACACCACUAACAAUAACAACAACAACAACAACAACAACAACAACACCAGCAGCCAGAACAAUAACAACAACAGCCAAGCUCAAAACGCUAUACCGUGUGUACCACCGGCUGCAGUGGUAGAGGCGGAUCAAUCAGACGCGGAUGUGAAACAGUUGGCGGUUUACGAUGUGAUACUUCAAGUUUCUCAGGCGCACCACGCUCACUGCGGUUUCACCGAGGAAUCAACGAGGGGUAUCGUCCGGAAACCGAUGAUAAUACCGGCGAGUACUUCUUCGCAGCCCGCCAGCCCAGAGGAUCCAGAGGCGGCAUCCUCGACAGCAGAAACAGUUGAGUCGCAAAGGAUCUGGCUUUGGCAACAAUUUGCCACCAGGAUAACACCGUCGGUUCAAAGGGUGGUGGAAUUUGCCAAAAAGGUCCCUGGAUUUUGCGAUCUUUCGCAGGAUGAUCAACUAAUCCUGAUUAAAGUUGGUUUCUUUGAGGUCUGGCUAAGCCAUAUCUCAAAGAUGACCACCGACAGUUCGAUGACAUUCGAGGAUGGUACUUAUAUCACUAGGCAACAAAUGGAAUUGAUGUACGAGCCAGAUUUUGUAUCUGCUUUGAUGCAAUUUACAUCGGCCUUAAACGCUCACCAACUGUCGGAUACCGAGUUGGGACUUUUCUCUGGUGCCGUUCUUCUGAGCGAAAGGCCAGGCCUGAAUGAUGUGAAAGCGGUACAGAGGCUUCAGGAUCGCCUUCUGGAGGCAUUGAAGGUGCAAGCAUUAAGGAACCAUACAGUUUCCGGUGAGGCUACCUCCGCGGGCGGGUGUUCCGGUGUCUCGAGCGUUUCACAAAGGAUACCAGAAUUAAGGGCCUUGGGUGCCAGACAUGCGAAUCUUCUCGACUGGUUCAGAAGGAACUGGACCAAGCUCAAAUUACCACCCUUGUUUGCUGAGAUAUUCGACAUUCCCAAGUGUGAAGAAGAUCUUCAGUGAAGAGAAUGUUUCAGAGUACAUCGAGUUAAUUCGACGAGAACGGCCCUGCCGGAAGAAUUUUUUUAAUUACCGGCGUUCAUCGCACAAACGCAGCUCGGACCUCGAGAACGAUUUAUUUCCACUCGAUGGCGGUGAUGCACAACGGUACGAUGACAAGAGGACGCUCGGUUUGUUUGGAAAA